CUGUGAGCUGUCUCUUGAAAUUUACGUAACAUGGUGCCCAGGGUUUCAUUUUCGAUUUUUGUUUUCGUAUGGAAGUGUUUGCUUUACAUUGUUUGAAGUUUUAUUUUAGCAGUGGCUUAUAUGAACCUCAUAAAGGCGUAAUACAUAUUUUUGAUAGUCUACAAUGUGCUUACGUAUACGAUUGUGAGCUGGAAAGGGACACCCAUUGUGAAACAGUAUUGUUUUCAUACGCUUCACGCACACUCUUUUGAUUAGUAAACUCCUGUCAGAAGCUGAUGUCUAUACCUCCUCCAGAUCCAGCAUUUGUUCUUCGAGGUACAGGAGCUGCAGUAAACAGUCUGAACUUUAACUGUGGCAUUCCAGAGCAGCAACCUCUUCUAUUCUCUGGAUCAGAAAAUGGACUGAUCCAUGUCUGGAAUCUCAAGACUCAUCGAGCAGGUACCAAAUUGGAUGGGCAUAAUGGAAAGUCAGUGUUAUGGGUUGAAGCCCUACAAAGAGGAAACACAAUUCUCAGCCAGGGUCGUGACCAACAAGUAUGUCUGUGGAACAUUGACGAGGGAAGAGAACAAGUUACUGACUCCAUUUUCACUGAAAGUGUUGGAUUCUGUCGUUGCUCCCUGCUUUCACUGGAACCAGGACAGUGGAUGUUAGCAGUGCCAAGUGGAAACAUGUCAGAGGUUCAGAUUCUGAAUCUACCCAGCAAGACACGGGUGUGCACCUUGGAGCCAGAUGCAGAUGCCAAGCUGGGCAUGCCAAUGUGCAUGAAACUGUGGCAGCCGUUAACUAGUUCUGCUCCUCUUUUGCUGGUGGGAUAUGAGGAUGGAUCUGUGACUCUUUGGAACACAGCAGAAAGGAAGGUGCUGAGCCGCCUGAAAUGCCAUGUGGAGCCAGUAAUGAGCCUUGACUUUGACCCCCAAAAGGCUAGGGGCAUCUCUGGGUCUUCAGAUAGGUUUCUUCAUUCCUGGAAACUUGAUGAGCAGCAGAACCUGAAGCUUCAUGAGCAACUUGAACUUACUAAUGCUGGCAUAGCAGAUAUCCAGAUUCGACAAGACUGUAGAAUCCUAGCAACUGCUGGAUGGGAUCAUCGCAUCCGGAUAUUUGGAUGGAAGAAAAUCAGACCUCUGGCUGUUUUGCAGUACCACUCAGACAGUGUACACUGUGUUGCCUUUUCAGAUCACAGUAAGCCUGCAGAGAGACAGCUUGCAGCUGGAUCCAAAGAUCAGCGUAUAAGUAUCUGGUCCAUAUAUAAUGAGACAUAAAAGCAAGUAGAAGAGACUGCACUCUUUUUUUUUUUUCACAUUAGACUAGAGGAGGCUGACAGAUACUCUUUUGUAUGUUUCUUCUCAAACAUAUUCAGACAUCCUUCUUGUCUCCCCAAGAAAAGAUAUUCCUCCAUUUACACUUUUAUUUCAAAGAACAUCUUAUUUUUCAAGCAGUGAAGGUUUACUUGGAAGUGACUCCUUCUGUUUUUUUCCCAGUCAUGUUUACUUUUUUGUCUUAGAUAUACAUUGAUGUCACUGUACACAUUCUUGCAUAGAUACAAAAUAUCUGCUCCACCCCAUCCUUUAAUGCAACAUUUGCUGAUCCUUGUAUCGGGUAUUGUUUAGUCACACACACACACACACACACACACACACACACACACACACACACACACACACACACACACACACACACACACACACACACACACACACACAAAAAAAGCUGUCCUUCAGAUGCUCAUUCCUUCCUUUUCCAAGCAGCUGUUGACAUAGACAUUGAUUUGUAUAACUAUUCCUCAAUAACAAUUGAUUGAAAACUCAUUUCUCUUACAGGCCACCUUCAGAUUUCAUAGUAAGCCAGACUCCCCCCCCCCCCUCACACACACACACACACACACACACACACACACACACACACACACACACACACACACACACUAAAUGUACAUUAAGUUUACAGUUGUGCAACAGUGGGGAAAGGAGAAACUCCCUUUAAAGCUCACAGCAAUCUUACAUAAAUAGCAAUGACACUGUACGUAAGAAACUGUGUUUCAGUCUAAGAUAACUGGUAACUUUGGCUAGUUGUAUUUGAGUAAUUAGAACCCAAUCUGCUAGUCAUUAAUCACCGGUAAGGUAAGCAUCUAAAGGCAGUUCUUUGACCCCAUUCAUUAAUACCAUGAGAAACAUAACGAUGUGAAAUAGUACGACUGAAACGUGCACUUAAAGCCAUUUAUAACCUGUUAAAAAGCUGUUUUACAUUUUUCUAAUAAAAUUCAACAUUUAGAAAGUCAAAA